UGCAACCAGUGCUGGCGGGGCUCAGACAUUCAGUUGCGGCCGUUUCUGUCAAUAUCUGUUCUAUCUGCUCUAUUUCACCGCUCUGACAAUCGCUGAAGGAUCGAUAGGUCUGAACAGGAGUUUGUCGCGAGCUUGAUUUUCCCUCUUCGAGUUGAACCAUAUGAAUUACUCCCGACGCGUCGCCAUUUGGUUACUCGCGUUAUCUGUACAAAUUAUACAGGCAUGUGCGUAUUGCGGUAGAUUGGAGAUGAUAUCCGUUUGGCUCCUGUUUUUAAAGCUGCUGAGAGCCACAGCUGGUGUGCGAAGGUCAUAUGGAAGUGAACUAAAUGACGGCAAAAGCACCACUGUAAAUCAGCAACAAAAAGAGCAAGAAUACCUCUCUGAAACAGUCACUAUGGAGACCAGCCAGCUUUCAGAAAUGGCUGAUCUAACAGACUGUAAAAUGGAUCCUGGGUUUACAGAGGACCAGACAUGCCAAUUCACUGAGGAGGUAAAUGAAUGUUUUGUCACAUAUUUCUCAGAGUGCCUGGAUACCAAACAGAGCAACCCACAAGAAGAUCUGGGUGGGCAAGAAAACAAAGCCAUAACUAAUGAAUGUGAUAGCUCCGGUGAAUCUGAUGGAAGCAAAUACUCUCAAGAAGGCAUUCUGGUCAAGGUCAACGAGCAAGAUGACCCAGACAGCAGAGAAUCUUUGGCCUUUGAGUCUAAUGAAGACCCUCUCGUGAAUGACAAACCAGAAGAAGAAAUGGAAAUCAACAAUUUGGAUGAUGCCCAGGAGGAAAAACAUGAUGAACCUGAAGAGAGUGUGGAAGCACAAGACAAUUCUGUUCUGGAAGCACAAGAACAAACUGAGCUGGAAGAACGAGAAGAAUCUGUGCUGGAAAUACAAGAAGAAUCUAUGCGGGAAGCACAAGAAGAAACUGAGCUGGAAGAACGAGAAGAAUCUGUGCUGGAAGAACAAGAAGAAUCUGUGCUGGAAAUACAAGAAGAAUCUGUGCGGGAAGAACGAGAUGAAUCUGUGUUGGAAGCACAAGAAAAAUCUGUGCUGGAGCAGCAAAUGAAUGAGCUGGUGAUUUCUGAAUUCCCAUCUGAAUCUUGUCCGGAUAUGGAUCGAGAUGACCUAAGUGACUGUCUGCUGGUGGAGAUGGCCAUUAUUUCAUCAGACAGUGAUGCUGAGGAGCCAUGGAGGUCUUUAGCUCCAUCAGCUGUUGAUAAAGAAGAGGUUGAAGAGAACAGUGAUCUCUUGGGUAUGGAUGAAGCAGAGAUAAACUCGGAAGACCAAGCAAGGCAAGAAGACAAUGAGGUGAUUGAUAGCAAUGCUGAACUUGAAGAAGAAGCUCUGGCUUUGAACAUUAAUGAAAGUGAGAUUCUAGAACAACCAGAGUGUCCCACUGAAUGUGAGCUGCAAGAUAUUUCUUUGGAGUCCUCUGCCCAUUACUGUAGUCUAACAAAGAUUGCAGAGGAUGAGGAAGAGCUUGGUAAAACCUCAAAGCACAACCUUCAGCGCCUGUCUUGUUCAACUUCAGAGCUUGACAAAAAGUUGCCAAAAGACUUCUGCGUGGUUCAGGAAAUAAAGAGCGAGAAUGUCAGCACGGAGCAUCUGGAUUUUAGGGUGGCUCGCAAGCAGUGGCAAAAGAUGGAAGAGCAAACAAAGGGUCUGGUGCACCAGCCAGUGAUGAGGCAGGCAUCUUGCCAGGGUGGACACAGCUUCAUGUACACGCCUGUCCGCAACAUUGAUCGCCCCAGAAGAGACCCUGACAUUGAGAGUCUUGGUCUGGGGGAUUACCAGUACACUCAAUUCAGCCCCUGUUCAGAGGACUCUGGUCUAGAUGACACAAGCUACAGGUCUCCUUAUGAUGAGCCAGAAACUCCAGUGGAGAGGGAGAUCCGUGAAGCUCUCGAGCGAGAGGAGAAUUUCAGACGAGAAAGAGCAAGGGCAAAGAUGUCUGCUGAAGACACUAUGCAAGUUAAAUCUAGGCCUGGUGUUCUUCAAAACAGCAGGUCAGAGCCUGGAGAUAAAGGAAGGAUGUUUGACACUCCAGAGGACAGAUGCAGAUCUCAGAGGUCUCCUAGUGCAAAGACUCCAACUUUGUCCAUCACUGCUACAUCUGGAAGAAGUCCCACAUACCAUGAAAUGACCGCCAACAAUGUCAUUAUACUUGAGCCGGAUUCAUACCCCACCAGCCCACCGAGCCAAGGAAAAGGUGGGAUGCUUUCUCCAGGGACGAGCAGCUUCCAAGAAUGGCCAUCAGACAUGAAUAAUGUCAUUAUCCUGGAGACAUCAAAUCUCAUCAUUCGAAGUGCCUCGGAAUUCUGCCUGAGCUCUGCAUGUCAAGAGACACAAGAGAGCACCUUUCAGAACAACCCCUUCUUCAAACUGCGCUCCCACAGCACUCAGUCUCUGGUGGAUCAGGAGAUCAAGCUGGUGAGGCAAAGAGAAGAGGAGCUUAGAAGGCAGAGAGCACAACUCUAUGUAAAGGAGAGAUACGACACAGUCCUCGUGUCCCCCAGCCAACUGCAGAAUUUCACUUAUGAGAAACCAGGAGAGGUGCCAGCAAAAUCCAAGUCAUCCCCCUCAUCUCCAUCAAAGACACGCAAAAUAGAUCGCUCCGCUUUGUCUUGCGACCACAAGUUCCCUGAGGGACCUUACCCUCGAGUCAGACGGAAAAGUGCCCUGGCCCAGAGGUGGGAGGCAGGUAUCUUUGCCAAUCAUCAGCAACAAGACUGAGUGAUUUGCCUAUAUGACGCAUUGAAGCACAAAUCAAGUUUCCAUUACAGUAUAAGCAUGUGCAAGUAGAUUUAGAGUAAAACAUUCAAUACUAAUACAAACCUAGAACUUAAUAGGUGAGUAAAAAUAUGAACAACUGAUGUCAUACCUUUUAAAAAAAAAUUGAAUGCUAGUAUUUUCACUCUGAAUUUUAUCCUGGAAACACUUUUAUAUUAUUGCAGAAGAAGAAUUUAUACAGUAAUGUAAUCCUAAAUUGCACUAUGUACAAAAAUGAUGCCAAACAUUGAGAAAUGUAUUAUUCUAAUUUCACAUUACAUAACAUGUUAUAUUAACCAUACAGUGAAGAGCAGAAGCAAAUAAAAAUACAUUUGUCUUUGAUUUAAUCUGAUCAAAAGUGCAAUUUAAGACCAGAGAAGGCCGCUGCUUGGAAUGUCUAACAGAGUAUAUUGUGGAUGUAGCUUCCAGAGGUGUUAGAAGAAAAGUAGCUGGCUUCUGUACAAUAAUUACAUUGUGAGCCUUUUAAAUGUUUUAUGCUUUGAUUGUCUGGAUAUAAUGUGAACAUUUAUUCUUCUGUGAAAAUAAUUUAAAAGAUGUGUGAAAUUUAAUUCAUAAUAUUCAUGUUUGAAAUGUCUUAAUAGAUAUGUUUCUUCCUUGCAGGAUGUUUUCAAUGCAAAAUACUGUUCAAACCUU